AUGACAUCUACUUCAUAUCGCGUUGAACUCGCAACUACUGCACGAGCUGGAUGCAAUAAUAUGGAAUGUAAAGAUGCUGGUAUUAAGAUUCAAAAAAAUGAAUUGAGACUCGGUACUUGGGUUGAGAUCAGAGACUAUGGAGGUUGGCAAUGGAAACAUUGGGGAUGUGUCACUGGAAAACAACUCGAAAAUAUGAGAAAUUACCUUGAAGAUGGUAAGGGUGGUUAUAUGUGGGAUAAGCUGGAUGGUUAUAAUGAUGGUGGAAAGGGUAGUUUGGAUGAUCAUCCUGAAAUGCAGGAGAAGGUCAGAAGAGUUGUUACUCAAGGAUUUAUUGAUCCCGAAGAUUGGAAAGGGGAUCCAGAAAUGAAUACACUUGGCAAAUCAGGAACUCGCACCGUCGAAUCAAAGAAAAAGUUCAAGGAGCAGAAAUCAGCCGACAUGGGUAGUCUAACUGAAAUUCAAGCAAAAUGGGACGAAGCCCUAAGAGAGAAAGAGCUAUUGGUUAAAGAUGGGAAGGAGAAUGGUAUGAAACUAAAGGCUCUAAAUAAGAAGAUUGAGGAGUUUUCGAAGGAAAUGGACCGUCGUCGCAAGGAAGAAGAGAAACAAAAGGCGUAUAGAGAAAGUAGUGCGGUUAAAGCUGAGAGCGCUAAUACACCAAAGAAGAGAAGUAGAGUGAAGAAAGAAGAUAUUGAUGAGGAAGAACAAGAGGACGAAAAACCUGUAAGGAAGAAGAGAGGUGGGAAAGUUAAGAAGGAAGAGGAUUCCGAAGAAGAGGUUAUGCCAGUUAAGAGAGCUCGUGGAAAAAAGAUUGCGGUUAAAAAAGAAGAGGAUGAGAAACCUGUGAAGAAGAAGAGAGGUGGAAAAGUUAAGAAGGAAGAGGAUUCCGAAGAGGAGGUUUUGCCAAUUAAGAAAGCUCGUGGAAAAAGAGUUGCGGUUGAGAAGGAAGAAGAGGAUGACGACGACGAAGAAGAGGAAGCAGCCAAACCCGUUCCCGUUAAGGAAUCUCGUGCCAAGAAACCAGUCAUCAAAAAGGGAGUCAAGGAGGAAGAUGACGAUGAGGAUGAAAUCUUAACCAAAUCAGCUCCAGCCGCGAAGAAAGGCCGCAAGAACUCGAAGAAAGUUAAGGAGGAACCUAAAUCAGAAACUCCAGAUCUAGUUUCUGAUGAUGAUACUUCCAAGAAUCAGAAAGCUGAACCUCUUGAUGAGGAGAUGAAGGAUGAGGAAGAUGAAGAAGAGGUUAAGCCUGUAAAGAAGACUAGAGGAAGACCAGCAAAGAAGACAAGAGCUUGA